CAUCGGCGUGCUGGGACAGCAUGCUCCGGGUCCUGCUCCUCGGUGUGCUGGCCCCCGCCGGUCUGGGGCUCCCCACGUCCCCAGAGCCUCAGCCACGCGGCAGCCAGUGCGUCGAGCACGACUGCUUCGAGCUUUUCCGGGGCCCCGCGACUUUCUUCGCCGCCAGCCAGGCCUGCGAAGGGUUGGGGGGCCACCUGAUGACUGUGCGCUCCUCAGUGGCGGCUGAUGUCAUCUCCUUGCUACUGAGCGGCGACAGCGGCGACAGCCCGCGCCUCUGGAUCGGCCUGCAGCUCCAGCCCGGUUGCAGCGACCCAGGGCAACUCGGGCCCUUGCGCGGCUUCCAGUGGGUUACCGGCGACAACCGCACCAGCUACAGCAGGUGGGCGCGGUUCCACGUUGACCCAGUGCCUCUCUGCGGCCCCCUGUGCGUCGCAGUCUCGGAAGCUGGGGCCCUAGCACCCGGCGAGCCAGCCUGGGAGGAGCAGCAGUGCACUGCAGAAGCUGAUGGUUUCCUCUGCGAGUUCCACUUUGCAGCCUCCUGCAGGCCCCUGCUUGUGGACUCUGGCGCCGUGGCGGCCGCCGGUGUAACGAUCACCUAUACCACCCCGUUCGGGGCCACUAGCGCGGACUUCCAGGCACUACCCGCGGGUAGCUCUGCCUCUAUAGCGCCCUUCGGAGUGGAGCUGGAGUGCGCGGCGCUGCCAGGAGAGGCCGAGGCGCGCUGGGGCCGGGAUGACCAGGGCGCCUGGGACUGCAGCGUCGAGAAAGGCGGCUGCCAGCACACUUGCAACAGGAGCGCUGAGACGUCGCACUGCUUCUGCCCGGCUGACGCCUACCUAGAGGCUGACGGGCGCUCCUGUGCCGCACAAGCGGAUCACCCUUGCCAUAAACUCUGCGAGCACUAUUGCAUUACCAACAGCUACGUGCCCGGCUCUUACUCGUGCAUGUGCGAGACCGGCUACCGGCUGGCUGCCGACAAGCACGGGUGCGAGGACGUGGACGAUUGUAUCCAGGUGCCCAGUCCGUGCCCGCAGCGAUGCGUUAAUACGCGGGGCGCCUUCGAAUGCCAAUGCAAUCCUGGCUUCGAGCUGGUGAACAACGACUGCGUGGAGUCAGUGGACCCGUGCUUAGGGAGUAGGUGCGAGUACCAAUGCCAGCCUGUGGGCCAGACAGACUAUCGCUGCAUCUGCGCUGAGGGCUUUGCACCCAGCCCUCACGACCCACACAGGUGCCUAAUGUUCUGUAACCAGACUGCAUGCCCAGCAGACUGCGAUCCCAACAGCCCAACUUCCUGCCAGUGCCCUGAAGGCUACAUCCUGGACGACGGUUUCAUGUGCACAGACAUCGAUGAGUGCGAAAAUGGAGACUGCCCCGGGGCCUGCCGCAACCUCCCAGGCACCUACGAGUGCGUCUGUGGGCCUGACUGUGACCCCACCAAGGUGAACACUGAUGGUGACAGUGACGACGGUUCUGGGGAGCCCCCGGUCAGCCCGACUCCCGGCGCCACCUUGAGCCCCUCACCUGUAGGUCCCUUGCAUUCUGGAGUGCUCAUCGGCAUCUCCAUCGCCAGCCUGUCUCUGGUGGUGGCGCUUUUGGCGCUCCUGUGCCACCUGCGCAAGAAGCAAGGUGCCUCGAGGGCGGAGCUGGAGUACAAGUGUGGUUCCCCGGCCAAAGAGGUGGUGCUCCAGCACGUUCGAACCGAGCAGAUGCCUCAGAAACUCUGAGAGGCCUCUUUCCUGUCCCCUGCUGUGGGGUGGGCCUUCCCUCCCUCCUGUGUCUCUCCCCCUCCCCCAGCCUUACUCCCUGGGCACCUAAUCCAAAGCACUUUAGCUGGCAUCAGAACUGGAGAAGAUUCUACCCCCCUUCUUUUGCUGAUUCCACACUUGGCUGGGGAGCGGGGGUUGGAAGGAGUAUGUGCCCCAGCCACUUCCAUCACACGACUAGGCAUAGAUGGCAAUUUAUAGCGAAGAUGCAGACUGCAGAGUGUCCCAGGACCUCGCCAAGGGGCACAGGAGCGGGGAGCCUCCUUGGCUGGCAGCCUUUGGGUCAGACUUGCAAUCCCAUGGACUAGUGAGUGUAAUCAAGGUGUGGAUAAUGACCAAGAUAUUUAUUUUUUUUUAAGUA